AUGACGGCAGAAGUUGCACCAGCUGGUACAAAAUCGCCGGCUUUAUCAGUUCCAGUUGUAAUAUGGGGGCCCAAACCACCAGAAAACAGAAUAUGUACAAUUCGCGUUCUUCCCGAUGGGUCAACGAUCAUUACAGGAGCUGAAAAUGGACAUAUUGUCAUAUGGAAGCUAGCAGAAGGACUCAUGCCAAAACAGCUGAUGAUUGGACAUUCUCAAAAAAUAACUGCUAUCUCUCAAACUAGCAAUUCACCCACAAAUACACGCUUUGUUUCGGCUUCUGCUGAUGGUCGAGUGUGUCUUUGGGAAAUUCAAGAUGGCAGAUGUAUUGAUUCAACAUCUUCUGUCACGAUUCAUAGAUAUAUUUAUCCAUAUACAUACAAAUCUUCUCGUCAUACUAGAGCUACACGACUUUUCUGUAUCGGAGACUAUAGUGACAUUCAAGUAAUGGAUCCUCAAGAUCUGACAGUCGUUUUUUGCAUUGCUUCUCGAGUAGAACCUGAUUGGAUUAGUUGUUUCACAGUUAUCACUCAUCCAGAAAAAGAAGAUCAACUUAUUGGAAUGACGUUGAGCGGAAUGAUGAAGGUUUGGACAUUGAUUGAGUUAGAGAAAAAGGAUCCUUCUUGUUCAUUGUACGAAGAUGAAUCGAAACGCCUCGAAAUUCAACAUAUUAGAAGCGUUUCUUAUAUUUGUUCGGCUAGAAGAAUGCUGUUAAUAGUUGCAUCAAGUUCUUGGAUGAUCAUUGAUAUGGAUGAUUUGUCAACUGUCGUUCUGUACAAAAACAAAACAACCUCAAAACGGUGCACUUCCGGUUAUCUUACUGAUUUGGACAAAGUCACCAUUGGUUACACAGACGAAUCUAUCAACGUUUUCCAACUUCCGAUUACAAGUUUACAAAAGGAAGGUGUUCCACCGGUUACUGCCAGCAAUAGACCAACAUCUAACUAUUUCGAUGAACCUGAACCAUUCGUUGUAGCUACUGUAAACGGAGUACUGGAAAACGGAAGAUCUUGCCUCAAUGAUGUUCAAUAUGCAUUCCUUCCCUACGAAUCCGCAGAACCAUCGCCUUCCCUGGCCGGAGAAAAACGAAAAUUUUCAGUUGUUCGUAGCUCCAAAAGAGAUGGAAGUGUCCUUGUCUGGAAUAUGCCUCCUUUCGAUCAUCAGUUCAUGAAAGCUGUUCCUGCACUGCGAAAUUUACCAUUCAAAUUCAACGGCACCUAUCGUGAGAGUCUUGCAAGUAUAUGGCAAACGAUAAACGAAUCAGAAGAUGGAUCGAUGCCAGUUCUAAAUUCUGACGCAGUUCGUUGUUCUCUCUUUGUUACUAGCCAGGGAAAACUGUUUUUGGGCCGUUCUGAUGGAGUCAUUAUCAUGACUUAUGCCUGUGAAACAUUGGCUCGACAAUGGCUUCGAGUGCCAAGUGAAAGGGCUACCUCAAGAAUCUUAACUGGUCAUGAUGCAGCUGUUCGGACAAUGUUCUAUCCUUUCGAACACGAUACCAAAUACGAUCCUCAAUACUUUGUUUCUGGAUCGGAUGAUUUCUCAGUUAUCCUUUGGAAUAUCAAUAGUGGCACUAAGAUUCACCGUUUUACUGUUCAUGGAGGACCAGUCAAGAGUUUCAUGAUUCCACCACCGAAUUGCAGUAAACAAGUCACAAAGUGCAUAGCUUCUAUCGCUGCCGAUAAUACGGUGGCUCUUCUAAAUAUUCGAGAUAGCAAGUGCAUGCUACUGGCUUCACGCCAUCCAUUUCCGAUAGUUCAAGUCAAAUGGAGGCCUCUAGAUGACUUCAUGCUCGUUAAACUGUCCGAUGGUUCAGUUUACGUUUGGCAAAUGGAAACUGCUAACUUGGAUCGAAUCGCUACUGGUCUUUUAGCUGAAGACAUAAUGGCUGCAUGUGAUGAACAAAUUGGAAUAGAAGAAGGUACAGAUGAAACAUCAGCACAUCAUGCCGUUCAAUUGAUUCGCGCAUUGAAAAACAAGAACAUGGAAGCUGUGAAACAGAAAGUGGUCGGUGGAACACCCAGCGGAUCUGCAACUCCGUCCUCCCACCACGGACUUCCGACGAACUGUGGAACAGCGGUUCAACUUGGAUCUCCAAUGGCAAUCAUUCCCCUACCUGGUUGUGCUCAAGGAGCACACCUAGUUCAAUUUGAAGUCUCUGCUUUGAUAUCCGGAAUCCUUCAUCUCGAUUCCUCGGCAGAAGCCCCAGAAGGAAAAACCACCGCUCAAAAAUUAGAUGCAGCAGUUGCUGCAAAUUAUGAUACCAGUUCGGUUACUGGGCUCUCUCGAAAAUUGACAUGGCAAUUCGAAGCAAACCUAUACCUUGAUGUUGCUCGUCUAAUGCUUUCAAUGCUUCAUGCGUGGAGUUUGGAUGAAGAUAUGGACGAGGUCUGUGAAAAGAGACUUUCCUUGCACCGUCCGAGACAUCAAGUGUAUUUCGGAAAUGUUUCAAGACAAGGAGAGCUUUCAGUCAGUCUUCCAACUAGGUUUGCAACCGAUUUCGAUUCAUUCUGCAAAAAAUCCAGAUGGCAGGCUAGUCAUUCUUUAAAUACAAGUCAUCUUCUAGCAGUUAUUGCUACAUCUAACACGCUAAUGGCAAUGAAGAACUCAGCGCUCCAGCUCGCCAAGAUUCGCAAGAGUGUUGUGGAAAUGAAUUCGGGACAUCAAAAUCCAGAUCGUCAACAAGUCAAACAGGGAUGGAGUCUUGUUGCUGCUCUCCACUGCGUCCUUCUGCCAGAUCAUGUCCGUCCAAGAAGUAGUUAUGCGCCACCGAGCAUCGAGAUGCUGGUUAGAAGAUGGCAAGACAGUUGUUUGGAAAUUCGAGAAGCAGCUCAGGCACUUUUGAUUCGAGAGCUGACGAGAUUAGGAGCUGAUGGACGUCGUCGUCUCAUUGAAUCUUGGACUCCAUUCCUUCCUCCGCUUCUCGAUGAUUCCCUUUCUAUAUUCGGAUCCAAACUUCAAUCAUCAGUUCGUACUAUUCAACCCAGUGCUCCAGCCCCACCAAUUCCUCCAAGAACAAAAAAUGCCCCACCAGAUGUUACACCGGUACGAGGAUCAGAACCACCAACUGCAGAAGGAGGAGAAGCUGGUAUCCAACAAGUUCGCCGUAAUCAAGCAACUUCAAUCAUACUUCUUGGAGUAAUUGGAGCUGAGUUUGGCGACGAAUUAAAUCGUGCAGAUUUGACACGUGCUACAGCUGUUUCUCUUCUCGAAUUGCUGGUUGCCGCUCCUUCGAAUCUGAUUCCAGUCCAUUCGCCGUUGAGAAGAGCUGCAAUCGAUUUGUUAGGACGAGGAUUUGUACAUUGGGAACCACAUUUGGAAAUCUCGAAAGUGGUUCUGGGACUUCUGGAUUUAGCAUCCACUAACGAUAAACAAAAGUACGAUUUUCAGAGAGAGCGAAUUCUACAUGUUCCCAAAAGUUUAUUUUUCAGUACUGCGAGGAGAAUCAUUGGAGCCCCACUCAACGCGAUAGAAGACGCAUCUAGAACAUCUCGCCAAGCUCUAUCUCUUAUCGCUCUGGCCCGCCCUCCUGCUUUGAUAACUUCGUUAAGCAUGGAAGUUGCUCGAUACAACGCUGCUGCUCAGCACCAAACAAUCCAGCAUACCGUCGUUAGCCCAUUGCUCAAAUCAAGAACUGAAGUUUUGAGAAUCGUUGAAGAACUUUGCGAGAAACGAUAUAAUGAUAUUAUUACGAUGCUGCUUCCGGUUGGAGAUAUCCUUGUACAUUGUUUGGAUAUCACUAUACUGAAACAUAAAUCAAUGGCUGAUGUGUUCCCACCAAUCGUUAAAUUCAACAUGGUUGCCUAUUGCUCAUCAACGAAAAGAAUCGCGUUUGGAGGCAAAAAUGGAACCUGCGUAGUUCAUGAAUUGAGAGCCACUAAAACACAUUCGCUCCCAUCUCACAAUGGUCCUAUAGCUGCAGUAGCCUUCAGUGAAGAUGGAAAGUAUCUUGCUACAUACGGCGCAGAAGAUGGCAAAAUCAACUUCUUCCAAACCAGUCAAUCAUUCUUGGGAAUGGGACAAGCUCAACUAAAGUUGGCUAAAAGUCAACCCGCCCCAACAGUUUCUGUGCCCACAACCCCCAGUGGAACAUCAUUUCGUCCUCGUUUAGUAUGGAUCAAUGCUAAAUCGCUGACACUGAUGCUCCCCGAGGGCAGAGAACAACGGUUUUCGCUUUAA